ACUGAUCAAGGCCUCCGAAUUCCAUACGCUAAUAUCUCCAGGAGGCUAUUUGGUUAAUAUAGUAUGGCACCCGUUGGACUGCCUCCUGGUUUUAGGUUCCAUCCAACUGAUGAAGAACUCGUCAAUUAUUAUCUCAAGAGAAAAAUCCACGGCCAAGAGAUUGAACUUGAUAUUAUUCCUGAAGUUGAUCUGUACAAAUGUGAGCCUUGGGAAUUAGCAGAGAAAUCGUUUUUGCCAAGUAGAGAUCCGGAAUGGUAUUUCUUCGGUCCAAGGGACAGGAAAUAUCCGAACGGGUUCAGAACGAACAGAGCGACUCGAGCUGGUUACUGGAAGUCUACGGGGAAAGACCGGAGAGUGAGUUCACAGAAUAGGUCGAUUGGGAUGAAGAAAACAUUAGUGUAUUACAGGGGAAGAGCACCACAGGGGAUUAGGACUGAUUGGGUAAUGCAUGAAUAUCGACUCGAUGAUAAAGAAUGCGACGAAAUCUCCAACAUUCAGGAUUCAUAUGCAUUGUGUCGUGUAUUCAAGAAAAAUGGUGUUUGUUCAGAGAUAGAAGAACUAGGCCAAACUAGUAAUAAUCAUGUACCAUCAUUUGAGUACCCAUUAACCCAAGGCACUAAUAAUGUUCAUGAUCAGUAUCAAACACCAUCUCCAGAUGUCCCAUUAGCAUCAUCGUCCUAUAUUGAAGAAGAAGAAAAGGAUGAUUCAUGGAUGCAGUUUAUUACAGAGGAUGCUUGGUGUUCCUCCAACUCUCCCUUUCAAGGUGAAGAGAUCUCUCCACUUGCUUUCACAAAUUUAUAAACAGCAGGACCUUUCAGUGUUCAAUUAAUCGAUGACAUAAAAUUCUUCUUACCAUAAUAAUCCAUAUUAUUUAGUGAUAAAAGUAUCUAGCUUUUUGUUUUUUUUACCCUAAUUAUGAACAAUGAUUUCGCUAAUUGUACUUAGGGGUUUUUAAAUUAUUUGUGUUGGAACUGGUCAUAUUAUAUAUAUAUAUAUAUAUGUACAGCCAGUUUAUCUUGUGGCUUUACGGAUUCAGAUUUUGACCUCUCUCUUUGAGGUUGUCGUGGUGUUAUACUUGUGAAAUAAAAGGCAAAUGGGUUGUUAUUUACUCCUCUCUCUUCUUAAAUUUAAUUCAGUUGAGAGCAGUAACCAACCAGGGUUGUAGCGGAAUGAAUAUGAAACAUUCAUCUCAGAUUCGAUCCCUCGGUACGGAAAAAAUUCUAUUAGGACGCAGAGAUCCUAUUUUCACCAAAAAAAUGAGAGCAGUACAAAUAUUUAUACGAAAAACUAAAAUCACAAUCAACAAUUACUCUAUGGCUUUUAAUUCUACUAUAGUAGUACUUAAAACUUAACUAAUGUUGGUAGGGGCCUA